CGCCGCACUCGGCGCAUGGAGCCGGCCGGGAGCGGCGGCGCGAUGGCGGCGGCGCUGAGGGCGGCCAAGCGGCAGCUCCGGGGGGAGCUGCGGCAGCGGCUGCGGGCGCUCGGCGCGGCAGAGAAGCAGCGCCAGUCCCGCCUGCUCGGGCGCAAGGUGAUUGACCAUCCCAAGUACCAAGAAUCCAAAAGAAUUGCAAUCUUUCUGAGCAUGCCAGAUGAAGUCCAGACAGAAGAAAUCAUUAAGGACAUUUUUAAGCAAGGCAAAGAGUGUUUCAUCCCCCGUUACAAGCCUCAGAGCAAUCACAUGGACAUGCUGAAGUUAUCAUCAGCUGAAGACAUUUCUUCACUUGCUUUGACAUCCUGGAAUAUUCUUCAGCCCAGUGAUGAUGACAGUGCAAGAGAGGAAGCUCUUGCUGGUGGAGGUCUUGACCUUAUCUUCAUGCCAGGCCUUGGAUUUGACAAAAAAGGCAACAGAUUGGGAAGAGGGAAAGGAUAUUAUGAUACCUAUCUUGAAAGAUGUAUGAAACAUCCCCGUGGAAAGCCUUACACGAUUGCUUUGGCUUUUAGAGAACAGAUUUGUGAAUCAGUGCCUGUGACAGAAAAUGAUGUUCCAAUAGAUGAAGUCCUUUAUGAAGACUGCUGAAAGUGUUUUGUACCAACCCACCUUCAGAGCAACCAAUCAAAGGUGUCAGAUCCAUCAAUCAUGUUUUUUUCUAAUUGUCAUAUAUGAUUUUGGGACCAAUAAAAUACAAUAUUUGUGUUUGGGGAAAAAGAACUCAAAACCCACUGUAACUGUGGUAAUAGUGGUGAGGAUUGCAUUGAUUUGCUUCUAAUUAGCAAAUGUCUGGUGUGAAUUCUUACUCUAGAAUCAAUACAAGCAAGAAUGAGUGACUGGUUAUUACAGUAAGGACCAUUUCUUCUCAUAACAUUUUUGAGGUACAAGCUUCUUGAUAGUAACAGUUUUAUUAUUCUGGUUUAAAAGUGAACUGUGUAGUAAUGACAGUUCUUGAUUCAUUCUGGAAUUAGAUACUUGCAAUGGCAAAAGUUCUUGGUACUUAAAUAUUGUGUGCAUCCAUGAGCAAAACAAGAAAUUGAUGGAGACAUCUUAGAGUAACCUGGGGAAAAAUGGUGAUGGGAAAAAAGCCUUAAUUAAUUUUAAUGACUGCUUACUUGGCUCUUUUCAGUUGUCUUAAAAUAAAGGGAGUACCUGUUAAUAAAAAAAGGUUGAUGUCCCUAACUCCGGUAUGUUCUUUCCUUUAUCUGAAUACGGGAUUGUAAUGUAGUCUCCAUCUGGAGAGAGCUCUUUUUUGGUAAAAUAGUAUUCAAAAUUACUUCAAGUUCUCUAAUUUUGUACAUAAGCCAUUCAUAAUGUCCCAAAAUACUGUGUGAAAUAUGGGUGCUGUGUUAAGUGAUAAAGAGAUGCUGAGAAUUGCAGAGAGCAGAUUUUAUGGAUUGAAUAAUUUUUUGGAUGGAAGAUUGAUUGUUCUUUGGUUCUCCAGACAAUCCAGAAGAAGAUGGUGAGUUUCAUCUGCACACUGUCCUCAUAGUAAUAAGACACAGUAUUUCCAAUCAGGAUCAAUCAAACUGUCAGAAUUUUGUGUUCCUUCUUCAGUGCAACUUCACCUUUUCUAUGCAUAUUUAACUCUUCCCUCAAUCAAUAAAUCAGUGCGUUUAUUUUCA